AGGCCCAUGGCAGGCAGAGUGGGGGGGAGCGCGGGGAAUGGGCGACCCCGGACCGACUGGCGGCGCACGGGACAGGGCGAGGGUGCCGGUGCCCCCAGAACGCGGGGGACGAACCGAGAGGGAAGGCCUAGCUGCUGAGCCCUCCGGGGCAGGGGUCUGACAUCUGGACGGAGUGGGAAAACAGCAUCCUGCCCUUGGGGAGUCGGGAGGAGCCCAGUCCCAUCCAGCUGUGCAAACAGGAGGAGGAGGAGGUCCCAAGCCUACCCUUGGGAGAGGGGCGAGAGGGGUGGUAAAGCCGCCGCCGCGCCGGCCCCCGCGGUGCGGGUUGCGCCAGCCUCCCCGGAGCCCGACGCAGAAACUUGUUGCAAACAAACAGGCGACCGCGGGUGCCCCUAGCAGCCAGCGGCGGAGUGGGUGGGCGGGCGAGAGGGAGGGGAAGGCUGGCGGACGCCGCAGCGAACUGGUGGGCAGACCCGGAGUCGCCGCGUAAGCGGGGCCGGCUCAGUGCGGUGCGGCAGGCGCGGCUGUGCGGCAGCGGAAGUCCUUUGUUGCAGCACAGUCCCUGGCAGAGCCAGAGCCUCUCCGCGCAGCCCAGCCCGAACACCGCGCGCCGCCGCCACUGCAGCUCGCGGCCCCUUCGCCUCCGCCCGCCUUUCCCGUGGGUGAUUUGCCUUAAACUCCCUAAAACCUCCGCAGCCCCGGUUCCUGCUGCGGCCGGUCUGUAAAUAACAGAAGAUGGCAAAGCCCAGCCACAGCAGCUACGUCCUCCAGCAGCUGAACAACCAGAGGGAGUGGGGUUUUCUCUGUGACUGUUGCAUUGCCAUCGACGACAUUUACUUUCAAGCGCACAAAGCCGUUCUGGCUGCCUGUAGCUCCUACUUUAGAAUGUUUUUCAUGAACCACCAGCACAGCACCGCACAGCUGAAUCUCAGCAACAUGAAAAUCAGUGCCGAGUGUUUUGAUCUCAUUUUGCAGUUUAUGUACUUAGGAAAGAUUAUGACUGCACCCUCCAGUUUUGAGCAGUUUAAAGUGGCGAUGAACUACCUGCAGCUGUACAACGUUCCCGACUGCUUAGAAGACAUUCAGGAUGCAGACUGUUCUAGUUCAAAAUGUUCAUCUUCUGCUUCCAGCAAACAGAACAGCAAAAUGAUAUUUGGGGUAAGAAUGUAUGAAGACACAGUGGCUAGAAAUGGCAGUGAAGCCAACAGGUGGUGUGCAGAGCCAAGUUCAACAGUAAAUACACCACACAAUAGAGAGCCUGAUGAAGAGUCUUUACAGUUAGGCAAUUUUCCCGAACCACUAUUUGAUGUAUGUAAAAAAAGUUCUGUGUCCAAAUUAUCAGCUCCAAAAGAACGCGUGUCACGGCGCUUUGGACGGAGUUUUACCUGUGAUAGUUGUGGAUUUGGCUUUAGCUGUGAAAAAUUGUUAGAUGAGCAUGUACUAACCUGUACUAACAGACAUUCGUACCAAAACACAAGAUCCUAUCACAGAAUAGUGGAUAUUAGAGAUGGAAAAGAUGGUACUAUCAAAGCCGAAUUUGGUGAAAAGGAAUCUUCUAAAGCGUUUUCCACACAGACAGACAAAUACAGAGGAGACACCAGCCAGGCUGCUGAUGAUUCGACUUCAACCACCGGAAGCCGAAAAAGUAGCACAGUGGAGUCUGAACUAGCCAACGAGGAAAAAAGCAGAGCUGCUGAGAGGAAAAGAAUCAUUAUCAAGAUGGAGCCGGAAGAUAUUCCCACAGAUGAACUGAAAGACUUUAACAUUAUUAAAGUGACUGAUAAAGACUGUAAUGAGUCCACUGACAAUGACGAAUUAGAAGAUGAACCUGAAGAGCCAUUUUAUAGAUACUAUGUUGAAGAAGAUAUCGGUAUUAAGAAAAGUGGUAGGAAAACUCUAAAACCUCGAAUGUCGAUAAAUGCUGAUGAAAGGGGUGGUUUAGAAAAUAUAAGGCCCCCUAACAAUAGCAGUCCAGUACAGGAGGAUCCCGAAAAUGCAUCCUGUGAGCUCUGCGGACUCACAAUAACGGAGGAGGACCUGUCCUCUCAUUACUUAGCCAAACACAUCGAAAAUAUCUGUGCAUGUGGGAAAUGUGGACAGAUCCUCGUUAAGGGGAGGCAGCUUCAGGAACAUGCUCAAAGAUGUGGGGAACCCCAGGAUCUGACAAUGAACGGGUUAGGAAAUACGGAGGAGAAGAUGGACAUGGAAGAGAAUCCUGACGAGCAGUCAGAAAUAAGAGAUAUGUUUGUGGAAAUGUUGGAUGAUUUUAGGGACAAUCAUUUCCAGAUAAACAGUAUCCAAAAAAAGCAGUUAUUUAAACAUUCUGCCUGUCCUUUUCGAUGUCCUAAUUGUGGCCAGCGUUUUGAAACUGAAAAUCUAGUGGUUGAACAUAUGUCUAGCUGCCUAGACCAGGAUGUGUUUAAGAGUGCCAUCAUGGAAGAAAAUGAAAGAGAUCACAGACGAAAGCAUUUUUGUAAUCUCUGUGGAAAAGGAUUUUAUCAGCGGUGUCACUUAAGAGAACACUAUACUGUUCAUACUAAGGAAAAACAGUUUGUUUGUCAGACAUGUGGAAAGCAGUUUUUAAGAGAACGUCAGUUGCGACUGCACAAUGAUAUGCACAAAGGCAUGGCCAGUGGUGAAAUAGGGCCUUCUAAACCUCUGGAGAAGUGAGAUCUGAAUUUGGAGAGGACAUGGGGAAGAAUCAAUCUUCAACAGAUAAUCUUUAAGUCCAGACCCAGGAAUAUCAGAUCUGAAGUGACACCAUCUUUUCUGUCUUCCUGACAAACCUCAUCAAUCCCAAAAGUUCCAGUUUCAAGGAUCCAAGAAAACUCAGUAAAGAUCACUUUGGAAUCACUUUGCUGUGACAAAAUUGAUUCAUAGUGACUCUCCUAGUAUUUGUGGAAAAUCUGCUCAAGAAAAGUAACUAAAAUAUUCAUAUGACAUCAGUGGUUAAAGCUACACUAAGAUGAAACUCUAUAUGCUAAUUAUCUUCCAUGGUCCCUUCUAAAAUAAAAGGGCUUACUAGGCUACUAUAAAUAUAUUAUAAAAAGAUAAUAACAUAUCUGUGUAACACAUAUAAUCCUAAACUUAAAAUAAUCUGAAUCACAGUUUAUAUAUUAUGAAAUGUAGUUAGACAAUUAAAAAAAUUAUACCCCAAAAUCUGUAGAGUAUAAAUAAAAAGAUGUGGGUACAGAGAAAAAAAAUGUGAGACCAAUAUUUUAACAAGAUAAUGUAGUUAUUACUCAUUGUAAUGUAACAUUUGCCCUUCCUCUUUUUCACUGUAUAUAUCAGUCACAAACUUGAUUAUUAAUAUUAAUGAAGUUCCCUUUUAAGACUGUUAACUUGAAGGAAAAACAGAAGUGGUUAUUACUUCAAUAGUGGUAGAUUUUCAUAAAUCACAGACAACAAAAAGAAUGUAUCUUAAGACACAUUAUUUUCUUCUGAACUUAGCAAUAUAAUCUAAUAAUGUAGAAUGAGUUUCUGUUAAAUAUUUAUUCUUGGUGUUAAUGUAUAAUACCGUUAUUUCUCAGCUUUCAAAUUUCAAGAUAAAACUCAACUGAGUAUUGAGUGAAACAAUGAUUUCUGUGUUUUUAAAAACCUUUCCUUAGGAAAUGAAAUGUUUGAUGAGAUUUUAACCUGGCUUCAAAUAAUUUGUUUUAUAAAUAUAUGCUCAUAAACACAUUUCUUAACCAUAUGACUCUUAUAGCCAUAUUAUUUCCUUAUUGUGAAUAUACUUGUAGUUUUACUUUUGGUUAACUGUCUAUCCAAUUCAUUAUUAUUAUUAUUUUGUUUCUUAUGCAGUAUCAUGUUAUAUAUUUUCAGAAAUGCUUAUUUUGUUUUUAUAUCUAUUUCUUCAAAUGUUUAAAUAAGGAGUUACACAAAGAAAUCUAACUUAGAGUAUACAUAAUAGUAUAUGCAGACGUAAAGUCAUUUAAAAUCUCUAGCUAUAAAGUGGGAUGAUAACUUAAAUAUUCAUUCUACUAAUCAGACUAACAAAAAAUUAGAUAAAGUUAGUUAGAAUGUGAUAGUGGGUAUAGGGGCCUGAAGGGAGAAGAGAAAUCCACUAAAGACUUCAAAUUCAUAUGAGUUCAACUGCUUCAAGAGAAGUAAGUUUAGAAAAGUGUUAGAUUAUAAAAAACAAAAACAAAAUAAAAAACUAUAGCUAAUCUCUUGGGAACCAUAUAAAACGGCAGACUUCUAACAAGUAGGAAACAGACAAGAUAAAAGAUUACUGAUAAUUAAAGGUACCAGAUCAAUAUAGCAGAGAUUCAACAAAUAAUUUUUGACUGACUGGUAGAAGUAGAUUCAGAAGAGGAAUAUGAAUUGAAUUUUGACUGUACUAAACUACAAAUGUAAUGAAUUACAAUAAUUAUACGUGAUAUAAAUGCAUUCUAUAAUGUGAUUAUUUUCUGUAUAUCAGUAUAAAAUGGAGUUACUGAGUUAUAUGGGAAAUUUGU